AUGAUUAACGAUGAUGAUAUUAAGACCCUUCAAGAUAGAAUUGAGAAACAUAUUGAUGUUGGCAAUACAGCACAAGUUCUGUUAUUUCAAGAUAUCUUAGCUGAAUCGAAUUUACAAACAAAAUUAUCAAAAUUAUGUAAAUUAUCUUUAUCAAUAUUUGAAUCCAAUGUAAGAACUGGUGAUAGUACAAUAUUAGAACAAAAUUCACGUCUUAUUUCACAUCUAAAUCACUGUAUUGCUUUUUUUCAAAUAUUAUGUUCAGAUAAUCAAUCCGAUCCUUCGAAAUUACAGUUAUUUUUGGCAUCGGAGCAAUUCCAGUAUACAUAUAAAUUAGUCCCAAGGUCAUAUUUCUCAGAUUUAUCCGAAAAAAUUAAAAAGUUAAUCGAUUCAAUAAAAUCCGAUCCGAAUCAAAACUCACAGCUUGCAGACUUCAAUGGUAUUGAUCUGCCAUCCAAAAUUAAAGAACUAAGGAUACUUAAAACAAAAGUCGAUUUUCUUCAAAAACCGGAUGAAAUAAAAGCUGCAUUUGAUGAAAUAUGUUCUCUAUUCGAGCUUUCUGCAUUGAUACUUGAUCUUUCUACCCAAAAAUCAGUAAAUAAUGAAGAUAAAAUUUUAUAUGAAAAGAAAAUCUCUAAUUUGACUGCAGAGAAUGAACGUAUAAGAGCACAAAAUAAUAAAUCCACAAUAGAUGAAUACGAAACUAAAAUAUUUGACUUAAAAAAUCAAAUAUCUUUACAAGAACAAAAGAUUCAAGAACUUGAAAGCGAAAACUUGAAUUUUCAAAACAGAUUUUCAAAUUUUGAAAAGAAAAAUAACGAACAAAACAAAUAUAUCAAAGAUCUUGAGGAAGAAAUCGAAAGCAAAGAAGAUUCUCUCACAAAGUUGCAGGUCAAGUUCUCUGUUCUUCAAAAACAAUCAGAAAUUUUGAAAAAUCAAAUGUCAAAUUUUGAUGAGAGCAAAAUUGAGAAAUUGGAGAACGAUUUACAGGCAACUAAUAACCAAUUGCUUGCAAAAGAGAAAUCGCUGAGUUCUUAUCGUGAAAGGAUCCAAGAUUUACAAAAUAAUUUAGCUGAGAAGGAGCAAAAUGAAGAGAAUAUAGAAAUAUUCAAGCAGAAGAUUUCUGAUCAAGAAGAUUUGCUGAAACAAGCGAAUAUUUUGAUAAAUAAUAAGGAAAACCAAAUUAUCAGUUUGAAACAAGAAUUUUUGACUGCUAAAAUGGAAUUUGAUAAGUACAUGCAAGAACAGCAGCAAAAAGAAGAGGAAAUUGUAUCUCUUCAGUCUGAAAUUUCGAAAUUAAAAGAAAUUCAAACAGAAGCUGAUGAUUUAAGAGACAGUUUGCGUGAAAAGUCAUUAACCAUUGAUCAGAUGAGUGAAGAACUCCGUAAUCUCCCAGAAAGACAGCAAUUAUUAGAAAAAAUUGAGCAAUUUCAGGAAGAAAUAGCAAAAUUGACAGCAACUGUUGAUUUAUAUAAGAAGAAACAAACAGAAAAUGACGAAAUUUCAGAAAAUUUGAAAAAUCUCAAAAUUGAAAACCAAAAUUUGAGAGAAAAACUUGCUCAAAACGAAGAAAAUCUUGUGGCAAUCAAAUCACAAAUCGAAACAAGUCACAAUGAUGUUGAAAAUCAGAAGAAACUCUAUGAAGAAAAAAUAAUUAAAUUGAAAAACAAAAAUAAAGAAGAUCUUCAAGGUAAAAACAAUCUUAUUAACUCUCUUAAGCUUAUGGCGAAGUCCCUUGAAACAGAUAAAAAGAAACUUUCGGUUCAAAUUAAUAAAUUAAAGAAUUCUUUGAGUGAAAGCCAAAACAAAGUAGAUACUGAAGAAUACAAUAAGAUUCAAGUUGAGAACAGUCAACUUAAACAGCAAAACCAAGAUAUUUCUAAGGAAAAAGAAAAUAUCUCAAAGAAAUAUCAAGAAGUACAAGAGAAACUUAAAGACUAUGAUCUGAUGAUGACUAAAAUCACUCAAAUGGAACAGAAUCAAAAGGAAACAAAAGGUUUCAUGACAAAAAUGAGUCAUAAAAUUAAUGAACAAGAAAAUCAGAUCAAAAAGCUUACGAAAAAGAUAUCAUCACAGAAUACCUCGUUGCAGGAGAAAGAUGAUUUGAUCCAACAGCUUAAAACUGACAAUGAAAAUUUGACAAAUCAAGCUGAAUCAUUUAGAGCAAGCCAACAAGAUUCUACACUUCUGGAAGAGAUAUCUAAGACAGCCUCGCAAGCUGAGAAGCUUAGAGAAAAGAAUCUGGCAUUACAAAGUUCAAAUGAAGAGAAAAAGAAGAAAAUGAAGGUGUUUAGGAACCACAUUUCCUAUCUAUCUGAGCAGAAUGAAAAACUUUCUGCUGAAAACAAAGAAUUAAAAUCAAUAAUUGAUUCUCCAAAAAGAAAUCAAAAUAAGUCAUCGUUCUUGAUUAACAGCUAUGCAACAUCUGAGGAUUCGUCUGUUUCUUCCGUUUUCGAGAAUAGGAAAUCAAUUUUACUUGAAAACUAUAUGGCAAGGGGCCAUUCAAGUGAUAAAUUGUCUAAGGCCAACAAAUUGAGUGAGAAGUUUGAUAAAGAACUCUCGGAAAUAUAUCAAUAG